AUGUCUUUCUCAAAUCUUGUCUCCGACAUAGCCUUCCGAGACUCCCAUGCAGAUGAGCGGGGCUCGCAAAUUUCCCACGCCCCCUCCCGCGCCGCCCGGUCAUACACUAGCACCACGGCCACGAGCGUGAGCGUGAGCAUAUCUGGAGAUAUCUCCAGCCAGUUGCAUGCUGGAUACAGCCACCCUUUGAGCAGAUCAUGGCAGGCAGAACGGCAAUUAACAAAGGUUGGCGAUGUCAAUGGUCAUUUGGAGAUGCUGAUCUAUCCACUGUUCAUCACCGAUGACCCGGACGAAGAAACGCCAAUCCCCUCGCUACCGAACCAAUAUCGUCGAGGUGUCAAUCGCCUAGUACCCUUCUUGUCCCCACUUGUGCGUAAAGGGCUGCGCUCCGUGAUUCUUUUCGGCGUCCCCCUUCAACCCUCAGCCAAGGACGCGCUUGGGACUUCGGCGGACGACCCCGCCGGCCCCGUGAUCCAAGCCAUUCGCCUUCUCCGAUCUCGUUUCCCUCAGCUCUACAUCACAACCGACGUGUGUCUGUGCGAGUACACGUCGCAUGGCCACUGUGGCAUCCUGCGAGAGGACGGGUCCCUUGAUAAUGCGCAAUCCGUUGAUCGGAUUUCCGAUGUCGCUUUGGCCUAUGCAGUUGCCGGUGCUCACUGUGUUGCGCCAUCUGAUAUGAAUGACGGUCGUGUGCGGGCUAUCAAACUGAAGCUGAUUGAGGCGGGUUUGGCGCAUCGUGUGCUUCUCAUGUCGUACAGCGCUAAAUUCAGCGGCUGCCUCUACGGUCCUUUCCGAGAUGCAGCCGGCUCAUGUCCCUCGUUUGGGGAUCGUCGGUGCUACCAACUGCCCCCGGGCGGGCGUGGUCUUGCUCGCCGUGCCAUCCAAAGAGAUAUGGCCGAGGGUGCCGACAUCAUUAUGGUCAAACCUGCCAGUAGCUAUCUAGACAUUAUUCGUGAUGCAAAGGAUCUGGCUCAGGAUCUCCCGGUAGCUGCCUACCAGGUGAGCGGAGAAUUCGCCAUGAUCCAUGCCGCUGCUAAGGCAGGAGUCUUUGAUCUGAAAGCCAUGGCCUUUGAGAGUACUGAGGGAAUUCUUCGCGCGGGGGCUGGGAUUGUGAUCACUUACUUUGUCCCAGAGUUCUUGGACUGGCUCUAA